GUUUGUUGGUGCGAGCGGAGCGGUGUCACUGGAACCGAGCUGAGCCGAUCCGAGCCGGGACAGCCGCAGGACUGUGCACCCGAGUCAGAAAAAGAGGAAGAAGUGGCUGUCAGCGUGCACGAGGACAUUUAAAAUACCUCUUUUAAAAGUCUGAUUUACUUAUUUGAAUAUUCAAACUGACUUGAGCAUUAAUUUCUCAUGUGAACGUGCGUUAUUGCACGUUUGUGUGCUCGAGCGUGGACCUGUGACACUUGCGAUUGAAGUGCAACCCCAAAAGAGAAGAAGAAGAAAUGGAGAAAGCAAACGGCUUCUCCGCGGACAGAAACAUCCUCUGCCUGUUUGACGUGGACGGCACUUUGACACCACCGAGAGAGAAAAUCGAUCCACAGUUGGAUGAGUUUUUCCAGACCCUGCGGAGGAAAGUGAAGAUCGGCAUCGUGGGAGGGUCGGACUACUCCAAGAUAGCCGAGCAGCUCGGGGAGGGGGAUGAUGUGAUACACAAGUUUGACUAUGUGUUUGCUGAGAACGGGACAGUGCAAUACAAAGAUGGGAAACUUCUCUCAAAGCAUGCUAUUCAGAACCAGAUUGGGGAAGAGCUGCUGCAGGACCUGAUCAACUUCUGCCUCAGCUACAUGGGGCUCAUCAAGCUGCCAAAGAAAAGGGGAACGUUCAUCGAGUUCAGGAACGGAAUGCUCAACAUUUCCCCCAUUGGUCGGAGCUGCACGCAGGAGGAGCGAAUCGAAUUCUCUGAAAUUGACAAGAGAGAAAAGAUCAGGGAGAAAUUUGUUGCUGCACUCAAAGAAGAGUUUGCUGGAAAAGGACUACGGUUCACUAAAGGCGGUCUCAUCAGCUUUGACGUGUUUCCAGAGGGCUGGGAUAAGAGACUGUGUUUAGAGCAGCUGGAGAGGGAAGGCCUGGACGCCAUCUACUUCUUUGGCAACGAGACCUCAGACGGAGGAAACGACUAUGAAAUUUUCAAUGACCCGAGGACCAUCGGUUUCACAGUCUACUCUCCAGAGGACACAGUCAGGUUAUGUCGGGAGCUUUUCUUUGACUCUCCGCCACACGAGCCCUGAUGUCCUGAAACGCCCCAGAUCACUUUACCCGCAAACACCUUUGACUCCCUGCCUGUGGUUCUGUGCAAACAGAAACUCGAACCACAGGCUAUUUAUGAACUGCUGAAAGGUACCACUACUGAUUUUCUCUGUAUUAUUGAUAUGAUUACUUUAAAAUCAGCGGACAGCUGCAGGAUGAUUUGACUACGUAUGUACAAUAAAUCCUGCUACUCUUUUCUUUUUUAAAAAAGGGACAGAACCGGAUGUUGAUAUAUGUGAAAGGUUUGAGUACUGUGCCAGACGUAAUGCGUGACUGCAGUGUCACAUCACUGCGAUGUGUAGCAUGUAACAUAAAAUUAACCAAAAAACUUAGAGAUUCUAAAAUAACUGCAGUGUUGAAAGUUAUUACUCCAGGUAAUUAGAGUAUAGAAUGAUGUUUUGCACUAAUAUUGGCAUAAUUUCACACCAAUCAUUGGUAUAAGUAUUGAUGAACAUAGCUAUUGGAGACGAUAAGAGUGAGAGAUAUUUUAACAUGUGAGGAAACAUUUAUUUGUUUUGUUUUGUGAGUCCAUUUUGAAAAUGAGAUAUGAAUGAAGCAUUAGAGAAGAUGUGGGUCUUUCUUCCUCUACAGUUGAGGAUAAAUGAGUCAUUCCAGGUAUUUUAAUGUCUCUACAGCACUCUGGGCUGGAUGUGAUUUAUUGUUUAUUUACUGUGUGUUCUAGGGUUGGGCCAGUGCGAAAAAAAAAAUUGAAAAUGGUUUGAUAUUAUUCCAAAAACCAAACAGCAUACCAAAUUUUACCACUAGGUGUCACACUUGACUCAGCAGCUGCUCCUGAGUGAACCAUAAUGAGACUGAUGUCAGGACCACACUGCCUGUGUGACGGCAAACUCGCUGAACUGCUGCCUCUUGUGGUGUUCACACAGACAGCAUUGCUGCUGCCUGCUGCUAUAACUACUAUAUUUCCACAGUUAAAAGCCGGCACUCCUAAAAUUUAUAAAGCUGUGCGAACCACUGCGUCAUCAAGAACACAGUCCUGCAAAAAAUCUCACUAAGAAAAGCCUUGUCUUAACGAAUGAAGGGAUUCUGUCAACAGUGAUGUUGAGAGGGUUUUUAUUUUGAAAUGGAAACAGGAAGUGUUGAGUUAAAAAUGAAACUAUAUACUUCUUCUGUGACAGAUAAAGACUUUAAAACUGUUUUGAAAGGUGGUAUGAUGUCAGUAUGAUUAUCAAAAAACCAUUUCCACUGGCUACGGUUACAUGAUGGCUUCUCAUUCGGAAUGAAAUAAAUCUGAAUGAAAUCAUUCGGAAUUAAAGUUUUUCCAGGUAGUUUACAUGGGAAAUAUUCAUUCCGAAUG